CUGGGUGAAAUAUUGGCAAACAGAUAUGGUCUCCAAGUGGCUCCACAUCUUGGUGCUACUGCUCUUGGGUCUUGCGACCUCUGGGACCACUUUACUGCGCUCCGAGUCGCCAAGACGGCAGUUGAGCUGGUGGCACAAACAGUACUACCAGUCGCUAUGGCACCAGAGGCUGCGGUUUACGACGACUCCCCGGCCAGGAGCCACUCCCGAAUCCGAUGGAACCAGGUUGGUGUAUCCCUGCUACUGCUAUAAGCCAACUGCCGAGGGCUGGGCCACCGCCAGUCCGGUGGAGCAGCGGAUGGUCGAGACCAAGGAUGUGUUCUUCUUGAACAAAUAGCAAGGGAGAUGAGCAGAUGUACACGGCGUUAUGCAGCUGAAAUAAGCCAGGUAACCAGGCAACCAGGUAACCAUUUAAAGUGUUCAUUUAGAAAAGUAAAUAAACUCGUUCUGGCUUUUCCAGCCAAUCUGUCUAAA